UGUUUGUAUUGUAGGUUAUCUUUCCUGCAGCUAUUAGGUAAACAAUGCCUGAGCCCUCUAAGUCGGCUCCCGCCCCGAAGAAGGGCUCUAAGAAGGCCAUCACUAAGGCUCAGAAAAAGGAUGGCAAGAAGCGCAAGCGCAGCCGCAAAGAGAGCUAUUCCAUCUAUGUGUAUAAGGUGCUCAAGCAGGUGCACCCCGACACGGGCAUCUCGUCCAAGGCCAUGGGCAUCAUGAACUCGUUCGUGAACGACAUCUUCGAGCGCAUCGCGGGCGAGGCCUCGCGCCUGGCGCACUACAACAAGCGCUCGACCAUCACGUCUCGGGAGAUCCAGACGGCCGUGCGGCUGCUGCUGCCCGGGGAGCUGGCCAAGCACGCCGUGUCCGAGGGCACCAAGGCCGUCACCAAGUACACCAGCUCCAAAAAUCCUGGACCACUUUGCUGCUAAAGUCUACAAUGAAGCGAGUGUUGGCUGGAGAUCAGAAAGGGACAAAAGCCCAUGAAAAAUGUCUUGGCGCUUUCUAUUCCUCACCUAGUUUCUGACUGAAAAUCUACUGAAAUCAGACUU